AUGGGCACUGGACGGGGUAACGGCCGGUCCGUGAAAAUGGAUCAAGACGUCGCGGUGUCGCGAAAACAUCAACAUCACCAGGCCGCCGUCACCCCUUCGCGGAGUAAACCCCUGGGCAACUCAAAUCCUGACCGGAAGAAGAACAAGCUACGCGUUCGACCAAUGAUGCCCAAGGCGGGCAUGAUCUACUUCCUCGACCGUUACCUACUAAUGCGAGAGCGACGCGACCGGGCACUGGGAGUGGCGAUGCGAAAGGCUUUCCACUAUGUCUCGAAGCCGCUGCUCAACGAGCGCUUGGCUGGCAUGUUUGAAGCCGCGAUCGAAUUCCUCCGACGGCACAACUCUGUCCAGCCCUGGGCCCAGCACAUCUCAAAGAGCCUCUUCACAAGCUUGUUCAUGAUUCUCCGCUCCACGCGCUUGAACUGGCAUCACGCGCCGAGAAAGCCACUCGAUAUCUCGCAGCAUUCUCUCCUGGCCAAGGCCAUCGACGGUUUCAACGCGGUCGAUACGUUGUCGUGGAGCACGGAUGCCCCUUUCUUGAGGUGGAUGAUCCGCGGCGGGCCCGGGUUACACGUCGAGAAUACCGCCAGGGCGGCGGAUAAGUCGAUGGGUGUCGAGAGCAGCGGCGGGAAAGGAACCGGAAUGGACGGGGACAUCAGUAACAACAAAGGCACUUCCGACCACGGUCGACCUGCGAAACUGACGAGCCCCCUGCCUGUCGGGGAGGAGAUGGAAGGGAUCAUCACGCACGCGGAUACUGCUUUCCAGUUGACUUACGAACAAGUCAUCGAAAGCAUGCGGGUCGUCAGUAUCGAGGUCGAUGUGCCCUCUCUGUUGGAGGCGUUUGCUAGGCACAACUUGAACGGCGAUGACGGGGAUCAAGCCACGGGGGCGCCUAAUGGGGAACGCCAUUAUUCAUUUGAUGAUUUGGACGUGGACAUGGUGCUCUAA